CUUAAUUUCCAUUCCCCUUUUCUCACCCGACUCCCUCUCCAAGCAACCCAAAUUUUAUUUUCCUUCAUUUUCUCUCUCCCCAAACAACAAUCGCUUCUCUCUCACUCUUCACAUACAUCUCAUUAUUUCCAAAUAUAUAAAUAAACCAAUUUAAUUAAGAAAUAGCUCCCUUUACCCUCUCUCUAUAUAUUCAUUCAUAGAUCUCGCCACUUCCUUUCUCAUUUCACCUCCUUUUCUCUCAGCUUCAGCAGAUACCAUAAAGGAAUCAGAAGGAAAAAUAAACCAUAGGAAGCAAAAGGGUAGGAUUGUGAGAGGAAAACCAAAAGGAUCAGAAAUGGGUUCGGUUCCCCCAGAACUGAGCUUGGAUUUUAGACCCACUUUUGUACCCAAAACGAUCUGUACUUUUCUCAAGGAGGUUUCACUAAUCGGCAACGUUCCUGACAAGGUUUCAAAACUCGAUGCUUUUGUUAAAAGAUUGGAAGAAGAAAUGAGAAAGAUCGAUGCUUUUAAACGUGAACUUCCUCUUUGCAUGCUCCUUCUCAACGAUGCCAUUGUAGCUUUGAAAGAGGAGUCAGUGCAAUGUAUGUCAAGAAAUGUUGAACCAGUUUUAGAAGAGUUCAUUCCAUUGAAGAACAAGAAGGAAAAUAAUCGAAGUGAAGAAGAUGGUGCCUUAAUCACCAACAAAAAGGAAAAAGAUUCUAACAACAACUGCAAUAAUAAUAAGGACAAGAAAAAUUGGAUGAGUUCUGUUCAGCUUUGGAACACUGAUGAUGAUUAUAGUUCCAUUAGUCACAAACUAGAUUCUAAGAGAAAGGACGGAGAUUCAUCUCAAGGAUGUAAAAAUAGGGGAACAGCAACAGCCUUUAUGCCAUUCAAGAUGAAUUUGGGUUUUGCAGUGAGGAAAGAAGAGAAAGAGGAGAUACCAGUUCAUGGAUUAACGCUUUUGACUCCUGGAAUCAAGAAUCUGAAAGAGGAAUCAUGUUCUACGGGGUCUAGGACAAGUUGUAGCAGAGCAGUUUCUUCUUCUGCCCCCAAUGCUCAGUCCACUUUUCGCUCUGUACCACAGCCACUGUCCCAUCACCAGCAGCAGCAACAACAACAACAACAACAACAGACUGCUAGGAAGCAAAGGAGGUGCUGGUCACCUGAGUUGCAUCGCCGGUUUGUCAAUGCCUUGCAGCAAUUAGGAGGCUCUCAAGUGGCCACUCCAAAGCAGAUUAGGGAACUUAUGCAAGUAGAUGGCUUGACCAAUGAUGAAGUUAAGAGUCAUUUGCAGAAAUACCGACUUCACACAAGAAGAGUUCCAGCUUCCACAACCAGUCCUGCGAAUCAAUCAGUCGUUGUUUUGGGGAGUGGUUUGUGGAUGUCCCAGGAUCAGUACGGAGAAUCCUCGAAGGGGAGCAGUUCCCAGUCUGGCUCUCCUCAAGGACCUCUCCAGCUAGCCACAAACACUGGGGGGACCUCCAAUCCGGGAGGUGACAGCAUGGAAGAUGAUGAAGAUGCAAAAUCUGAAAGCUAUAGCUGGAAAAGCCAUAUUCACAAACCUGGGAAAGAUGAUGUAUAGAGUGUUUAUCCACCAUGAAUUUUGCAGAUAUAAAGUAUACAUGGGAGGAGUUGGCGAUCAUAAAAAUUACAAUACACUAUUACUAUAUUAUACAUAAAAGGAGAAGGAUGUUGAGAAAUGAGAGAGGCUGUGAAAAUUUUGCAGGAUUAGCUUUCCUUCGAUAUCGAAUCAAGUUUAUUUUUUUUUGGUUUUCUUCCGGAACCAGUACAAGAAUUCCAAUUAUAUAUCAUCCAUGUUUUCACCAUUGGAAGAAAUAUGAGCACUGCAGUAUUCCCAUAUCAUAAA